GAGAGAGAGAGAGCAGGCGGGCGGGCGAGCGAGGGCAGGUUGUCGGAGUGUGUUGGGCUCAGAGUGUGUGUGUGUGUGUUUGCUGAGAGAGGACAGACGGGAGAUCAGAGCCGGUUCAGAGGGUGUUGGCGAUGGGAAUAAUGACCCAGAGUGAAGCUGGAUGCUGAUGAGUGACAUCAGUGGAUUUUGCGUAUGUGGCCCGUGAGGAGAACACGCGUGUGUUGAAAUGUCACGUGUUUCAGUGUGACAGUCCUGCGGAAAGCGUCGCCAGCAGCCUGAAGCAGAUCUGCUCGAAGAUUAUGGCUGAUCGCAGGAGCGUCGGCCCUGUUGCUGGCUCCUCGUCUCAGAUCAGCUCUGAUGUUCCUCUGAGAGUAGAGUUUCCAACACCAAAGACUGACCUGCAACACAGUUUCCACGUGCUUUACCUGGGAAUGACGACAGUACUGCGACCUAUAGGAAUGGACAUGAUAAAUGGUGCGAUAGACAGUCUGAUGUCCUCUGCAGAGAAAGAGGACUGGACCCCCGUCCUGCUCAAUGUCGCUGACGCCACAAUUACUGUCAUCAAAGAAAAGGAAGAAGAGGAGGAAGUCAUAGUGGAGUGCCGCGUGCGCUUCCUGUCCUUCAUGGGCGUGGGGCGUGAUGUCCAUACGUUUGCGUUCAUCAUGGACACGGGAAACCAGCACUUCCAGUGUCACGUGUUCUGGUGCGAACCCCAUGCGGGAAGCGUGUCGGAGGCCGUGCAGUCGGCCUGUGUGUUGCGGUAUCAGAAGUGUUUAGGGAAGCCUGACUCCUUGACUCCGCCCCCUUCUGACUCCGUCACCCGCCGUGUAACGUCCAGCGUCAAGCGCGGCGUCCAAUCAAUCAUAGACACUCUGAAAAAGAAGCCCGCCCCUGAGGUUCCCAACCAAUGACGGAGCAGAACGGCUGUGAUUGACAGCAGGUGUGUGUAUGUGUGUAUUUACUGAUGCAAACGAGAAGAGAAACACAGGCCAACAUAUGAAAAAAAGACAAGCAAGAUGAAUGAGAUGUGGUCGGCGCGUAACUGCGCUGAAUGAAGCAUGCGUCUGCCUUACACUAACACAUUCUCACUCAAGUAUUUCGAGGGCGUCAGUGUUCAUGUGGCACUGAUCCAGUCUCGUUCAGAUCAAUGUUAUGUCUUCACACGCGUGACCUGGAUUCAGUGCAUCUCAUUUCAAACACCCGCUCAUUCACACACUCGGGAAAUUGGAUCCUUUGAAAUUUUUUCUCUUUCCCCAAGAAAUUUAGAGUGAAUUUUCCGCUGUUGGAAAGUGUGUAAGAUGUCUCCGACUCACGGCCUGGCUGAUGCAUCAUCCCUCAUCACGAUGUUCAGUGGGAAUAUUGUAAUGCACCAGAGUCUGUCUGUAACAUCUGCUCAGUCUGAUACUGUAAUAAAGAGCUGAACGGGGAUUUUCUGAUCUCACACACACUCCUUUAGUUAAACACUGUGGCCUGAAAGAGUCCCUGCGCAAGUACACAGACGUGAACGCUUGGAAAAUGUGUGCUGCUUCUGUACAAACCCAACAUGAUCCUGUGGGAAUGAAAUAACCAAACCACAAGAUGUUUCUGAUCUGAGGAGUUAACAAAAUAUCAGAAAACCCUCUUAUUUUGCUGCCCUUUUUGUGCGUAACAGUCAAAUGGUAAAAUAAAUUCCCUCAAGAAUCCCACAUUGUAAAAAGUAUCCUUAAAAAGCAACACUUCCUAAAAACCAUUUCUCCACCGUGACUCCUUGAGCAAGCAUAGAGGAGUACGAUUUACACAAACGCCCGCCAUAACGCCCCUUAGUAGAAGAGCUGAAGAUGCAAAACAUGCUUGCAUUGCAUUAUGCAUCGUGGAGCACAGUGACGCCUGAACAGAGCUUGCUUUGCUAAGAGAUUUGUGUACUUGCGCAGAGCAUUUCAGACGCUCACAUACAUGAGGAGUCCCUGCUAGAGUAUAAGCAUCAGAUGUCAAACAAACACAGGAAUGUUAUUUUUCACAGAAUGGUAUUUUAAACCAGAUCAACCACUAAAGACACUCAUUUUUACACCAUAUUAAUGUAUCAUGUUGU